CUUUAUACCUGGACAGCUUGAUAGGGAACGACUUCCUGGAGACACUCGAACGUUAAGAACUGCUGUCUGUAGACGUCAAAGGCCGGGUGAUGAGUAGACCCAGCCCGGGUAAUAGGGCCAUGGCGGAGAGUAUUACUAUCCGUAUCCAGUCUCCUGAAGGAGUCAAACGCAUUAUCGCAAGCAAGCGGGAAACUGCAGCCACGUUUCUUAAAAAAGUAGCUAAAGAGUUUGGUUUCAUAAAUAAUGGUUUCUCUGUUUAUCUAAACAGAAACCGGACAGGGGAAAUUUCUGCUUCUCCAAACAAAUCUCUCAAUUUACUGAAAAUCAAACAUGGGGACGUACUGUUUUUGUUUCCAUCAAGUUCUCCUGGCACUUCCUCAGAAGUCAUGGACAUGUCUGCAAGUGUUUUGGUUUCACGACCCAUGAGUGCUCAACAAGUGUUGGAAGAUGACAUUGACCAGUACUUGAGCAAACAGGAUGGAAAGAUCUACAGAAACAGAGAUCCUCAGCUGUGCCGUCAUGGACUGCUGGGGAAAUGUGUACAUUGCGUUCCUCUAGAGCCUUUUGAUGAAGAUUAUCUCAACCACCUGGAGCCUCCAGUCAAGCACAUGUCUUUUCAUGCCUAUAUCAGGAAGUUAACCGGUGGAGCAGACAAAGGGAAAUUUGUGGCCUUGGAGAACAUCAGCUGUAAGAUCAAAUCUGGAUGUGAAGGACAUCCGCCAUGGCCUGAGGGUAUCUGUACCAAAUGCCAGCCCAGUGCCAUCACACUUAACAGACAGAAAUACAGGCAUGUGGACAACAUCAUGUUUGAGAACCACACUAUUGCUGACCGUUUCCUUGACUUCUGGCGCAAGACUGGAAGCCAGCGUAUUGGUUAUUUGUAUGGGCGUUAUACUGAGCACAAGGAUAUCCCGCUUGGCAUUCGAGCAGAGGUGGCAGCAAUAUAUGAGCCUCCACAGAUUGGGACACAGAACAGCCUGGAGUUGCUGGAUGAUCCAAAGGCUGAAGUGGUGGAUGAGACUGCUUCCAAGCUUGGGUUAACAAAGGUUGGUUGGAUAUUUACAGACCUGGUUUGAUUUCCACAGCCUGGCUACUUACCUUUCCCAGAACCUGUCAUCUAUAUUUCUUGAGAUCAUCUCUGACUUCCACCUGCUUCUUUUCUUGGUGACCAAUGAGGUUAUGCCGCUACAGGACAGUAUCAGUCUACUGCUGGAUGCGGUAAGAACCAAGAAUGAAGAACUUGCUCACACAUGGAAGAAAGCUGAACAGUGGGCUACUAUUGAGCAGCUUUGUAAUACAGUUGGUGUUCAGCCUUCAGAACUUCAUGAUUUUGGAGCAACUGGAGGACCGACUCAUGCAGCCUCUUCAUCCAUGUGGUCUUGUAUGCAUUGCACCUUUAUGAAUCAGGCUGGCACAGACCAGUGUGAGAUGUGUCGGCUACCGCGGACCUAACGAGGCUGCACGCUAGGGGGCAGGCCUAUAAGCCAUCUGACAGUGGGCUUCAUGCAAGCAUCUCCCCCUUCUUGUCGCUUUAGGGCUGAGUGAGGGUCCCGUUCUGGACUCAGUUCAUCAAAUGCCCACUCUUCCAGAAGAUCUUAGGGUAUAACAUAGGGAGCCACCUUUUACUCACCUGCCAGCUUUAAUAUACUGAGCAAGUCCAGUCUCGGCACAGUUACUCAUUCAAAUGUUUUGGGAUAUGAUUCUUCAACAUCCUUUAUUACCCUAUUCCCUGCUGCAUUACUCAGUAUCAGUAAUACGAGUAGCUGGGCUAGAAUCCAUUCUGUUGUCCAUGCAAAACUUCAAAAUAGUUUCAAGUGGAGCUGAAUCACUAUCAUCCUUGCCAACAAGACCUCCAGUGUACGGAAAGCACUUAAUUUAAAGUCUAAAUGUAUUUUAUGGUCUUUUUUUUUUCUCUUCAUAAUGUUUGAUAAUUUAUAAAUACUACUUUCCCCACAUUUUCUUGGUAGAAAUGCAAAAUGAAUAAAUGAUAGAGAGUUUUCAAAUUUUGGGGUUUUAAACUAGUAUGGAAUGGUUGCAAGAUUAAUUUUAGUGAUUAUGUCCAGCAAGUAUUAUUUUGAAUUUUAUAUCUAGUCUUUUAGGAAUAUUGAGGUGUGUAGAAGUGCAGUUGCCUAUGUGACUAGUACUUUGUACAAAAACAAACAAAAAACAAGCCAAGCAAUGUACUGGGUCAGUGUGCAAUUCAGUUAUAAAAUAUUUUCAUUCCACACCUGGAUUUUCUUUACAAUUUGACCCAGAACCUCUGGUUUCUUCACUCUUUUUGUUUAUCAUUUCAUUCCAUGUGUUUAUAAACCUUGUGUGUUAAGGGUGUUUUGCAUGGAAUAAUGGUGGCUAAGGACUUCACAUACUAUAUAGUGCUGCAGAUAAUGCUGUUUAAAGUCAUUACCUUUUCUCAAUAUCUAUAAUUUGUUGUGUGUCAAGUCAUAGGUCAGUAAGUCACAUUAAGAGAUGCCUGAAUGUAUUUAGGACAAGCGCACAUUCUCAUUCAUGGAAUCUUAUAUUUAUCAUCCUCCUGUGUGCUUUGCUGGCAUUCUACACAUAAUCUGGGAAUUGUGAAAUUUGACUGAAAGUGAGACAAAUACUUGUGUUAUUAAAUUUAGCAGUGAGUCCCUUGACUUGAAAUCUCUACUCUUUGGACUACUGCAUAUUUAGGCUACACAUAAGUAGGUGUGACCCUAUAGCAUGGUGACUGACAACUGGUAAUAGGCCUCCUCUGAGAAAAAUAAAACUUAAAUGUACUCAGGAAAGGCUGUAUUGCAAUGUUCAAUUUUAAAUAUUAUGUAGUUAUGGUACAUUUUGAAGUCGGCUUGUAAUCCUAUAUUGAGUGCCUUAUUGCACUGAUGGCUUAACUAUAGUAGCAUUCAGCCCAGUUUACUUUGCUUAAUUUGUUAUUUAUACCCCUGCUGUUUUAAAUUACUUGUGUAACCCUUUAUUUCUGCCAGAUGAGCAUGCAACUGCAUUUAAAAAACACAGAAUUCAAAUGGUAUAAUUUUUAGUGUUUUUGCAGGGGCACUGAGAUAAUCUGGAGCUGUUUUUAAAAAAAAAUAAACACUGUGCUGGAUAUUUAAAAGGACUUUAAAGUCAAACUUAAUGUUUUGUGGCACAGGUAUAGCGUCCACAUAGCUUAAUUCCAUGGUACACUGGUGUGUUCAUGCAUCUUGAGCACUACAGGUGUUUGCAACUAUGCAAUACAUACAGUAUAGUGUUUAAUAUGUCUGCACACUUUUGAGAAUACCUUAUUAUGCUCUCAUCUAAAGGAGCUAUGUUUUGACAAAGGAUAGCAAGAGAAGGAAGUCAGUUUGACAAAACAAAUCAUUUGGAUUUUUGUUUUCAGUUACACACUGUAUCUGAAUAGUGAAACUUUUUAAUUUUGACUUCAAUGUCCUUUUUAAAGAAACAACUAAUUCUCCAGCCUUCCCCACUGUGUCUAAAAACUAAACCAAAACUGCUUAUGGAUCCAUUUAAAACCUUCAAAUGUGUCUUGUGAGGAACAAAACUCUCUUAAUAUCUGGGAUAGGAACUACAUCUGGUUGACCUCAUAGUCAUUCUGAUUACAUCCAUUGUGUUUAUUUUUUGUGCAAAACACUUUAGAGACCCGUGCAUUGCAGGGUGCCUCAUUGCUGAUCAUACCAGAUGCGUCUCCAGCUGUGAGGAACUCAUUUCUUGGAAUCUGGGGGCCUUUACUGUGCAGGAUAUUAACCUGUGAGGCUUUGGAUCCCUUGCUUUGCAGUGUGACUUUUCCUACUUCUAACUAAUAUAUAUCUAAGCAUCAUAUUUAUUUUCACUCUUUCUCAUCACAAACACUAAUAUAUUAGGAUUAAAUCUGAAUUUAGGCCCAUGAACUGUUUGCCAGUAUGGUAUUAUCAUAAGAUUUACAACACAUAAAAGUGUUCCUUAUAAUAUACAAAUUUUCCCUUUGUAUUGUGCUGAGGCUGUUCCAGACCAGGGUGAAAAGAGUUAAUUUAUCCAUCCAACAAAGAUCUAAUAUUUGAUGUAUGUUUUUUCUUUUUAAUUAUAUUUGCUUUCUUUGGGGUUUUACAGGUGGGACAGGGUAAGGUCUGAAAGAGCAGUGUUUAUUGUGGCUCUGUGGAUAGAGUGAAAUAAAGCUUAAAAAGUAAAAA